ACCGGAUCGAUGGUGGGAGCGGGAUUUGGCGACGCGGAGGCAGAUGCUUUAUGACAUGGCGAAUUCUGUGCCGGAGCCGGAGCCAGCGAAACCUGUGUGCGAAAAUGAGGAUGGUGAUGGUGAUGGAGGUGAUGAGGCUGUUAUCUUUGAUGAUGAUGAGGAGGAGGAGGCUGUUGUUUCCGACGAUAAUGAAGAGGCUGUCGUCUCUGAUGAUGAUGAUGAUGACGAGGCCGUGAUUUCUGACAAUGAUGAGGCCAUUGUUUCUGAUGAUGAUGAGGCCGUUGUCUCUGAUCAUGGUGAUGAAGCUGUUGUUUCUGAAGAUGAUGACGAAGAUGCCCGUGUCAUUGGCAAGUUCGGAAUAUGCUCGACAUACGCAUCGAAUCGAGUCGAAUCCGUGCACAGUAAGUCUUUGAUGGUGAUGAAUUCCCGCCGCCCAGCAGCAGCAGCAGCAGCAGCAAGGCGGACGACGUCUUUUGGGUUUUUCUUUUUACUGAUCGCUGGGGUCUUCCUUCCAGAAAUAGCCCCGACGACGACGAAGCCAUGGAGUAAGUCGAUUGACACUAAUGAAUUCCACCACCACAACCUUCUAGUUCAGCAGAAGUCUGGAUGGAAUAUCACCUUCGCGAGUGGACAGACACCCGCGCGCGAACCAAACUGGCGUAUCGAGACUUUCUCGAAACGAAACCGAAGCCCAAAAAGAUGAUUGUGAGAUGGGAUCUCUGCAAACCAGUCGAGGCUGCUGCCAUUCCCCCCAAAACAACAACAGCAGCAGCAGCAGGCAUCGUCGAGGCUCCAGUCGCGGCGGCGGUGGAAAAUCCAGCUUCAGGUAUGUGCAACCAGCCAAUUCUUCCACCAGUUCUUCCACCGUUCGAUGUGCGAUGAAGAUGAUAACG